CAUCUCAGCAGUGUCAACAUGUCCCGGCCCAGCAGCAGAGCCAUUUACUUGCACCGGAAGGAGUACUUGCAGAAUCUCACCUCAGAGCCCACCCACCUGCAGUUCAGGGUGGAGUCCACCCCCUGCCCCAGGAUCUGCCACAGCUGGAGGAAGGACUGUGUGAGGUUAGCAGUCCCUGUUUGAGGACUUGAAAGGACCACUGUCUGAGAGCGGAGCUUUCUGGGCUUGAGCUCCCCGGGGCAGGCCUGCGCAGCUUAGAGCCUACAAUGGAAGCUCUGGCCCUGCGUGGGAAGACAACACUGGCUCUGCCACAUCUAGUUGCCUGGAGAGUUGCUGACACCACAGAGAAAGCUCAGACUGGAAGGGUGUGGCGGAGAAGAGAAGACACCAGGUCAGGUUGAAGGUCUGGGGUAGAAACCGCCCCUGGGCAGCAGCAGAUCUAGGGCCCUCCCGGAGAAGAAGCAGAAGAAGCAGCGAGGGAUGCUGGAGCAACCGUCUGGGGGCUCCAGAGGGCGGCAGAGGUCAGGGCCCCCCAGCCAUCUGGGCUGGGCCCAGGAGCACUGGGCUUCAUGGAGGGAUAGGGGUUAGGAACCAGCUUCGGUUAGGUUUAGCAGGCAAGAGCAAGAAGAGGCAUGUCCAGGAUGCCAGGGCACUUGGUCAUGUUGUCAGAGCUCCUGAAUAUGCCAGCCGUGUGAACUGGGAGAGGAGCUGGGAGCUAUGCAGAGGGCGGCGUUGUGGGAUCAAGGGGCAGGAGGCAGACAACCUCCCCCCAACCAGGGCCUGGAGGGGAGGGUGAGGGGCAGGACUGUCACUUGUGAAGGCAACGUUUGGAUAGGAGAAGGGAGGGGUCUCCUCAAGGAUAAAAACACUGCUGGAAUGAUCAGACUAGCGGGGGGCAAGGGCCUGAGUGGAGAGAGAGGUCAGUAUGGACUUCUCUGGGCAAGAAUCAGGGAGAAGGGGGGCUUGACUUCUUCCUCAGAGACUGGGAGGUGAUGGGUUAGCAGAGGUGGAACGCGCCUUCUGGGCAGGGGGAACAGCAUGAGAAAAGGCACGGAGACAGGUACGCCAGGUCAGGGAGGAGAUGCACCAGGCUGGGAUGGUGAUUCCAAAGAGGGCAAAGGAAGCCGGGGACAGAAUUUGAGCAUCCUAUAUAUAUCCCACCCAGAGGAGUUCAGACUUAUUUGUUGGGUAGCUGAAGCCCACAUCUACCACGAUCUAGCCCCCUCAGCUGGCCUGGACUGUUAAAGGCCAUGACUGUCCUUCCUCCAGAGUCCUAAACCCCCUCCUACAGCCCCUCAGACCCUGACUUGGGAGCCCCCUCCUAGCCUGACUGCCUCUGGCCAUCACACAGGCCCCUGAAGUUUGCUUUAUAGGGAUGGCCUGGCACUCCCCAGCAAGGAGGCCAGGGACAUGUCUUCCCCCUCUGCUGCCUUUCCCCCACCCCCCAGCCCUGCGCAUUCCCACCUGUGAUCCCCUUCUCCAAACCUUCUCCCAGUCCUGCAUCUUCUCCUCUCCCCUCAGCACCUGCUGACAUGUAAGCUGGGGACGCAGAGAGUCCAGGAGCCCAAGGAUGCCCUGCAAAAGCUGCAGGAAAUGGACGCUCAGGGCCAGGUGUGGAGCCAGGACUUGCUCCUGCAGGUCAGGGAUGGCCGGCUCCAGCUGCUGGACAUCGAGACAAAGGAGGAACUGGAAUCUUACCGCCUGGACGGCAUCAAGGACAUGGACGUGGCACUCAACACCUGCUCCUACAACUCUGUCCUGUCCAUCACUGUGCAGGAUUCAGGCCUGCCAGCCACUAACACUCUGCUUUUCCAGUGCCAGGAAGUGGGGGCAGAGCAACUGAAGACCAGCCUGCAGAAGGCUCUGGAGGAGGAGCUAGAGCAAAGGCCCCAAUUCGGAGCCCUUCUCCCAGGUCAGGACAGAUGCAGGGGGCCUCUUCUGGAAAGGCCGAUCCCUAAGGAGCAGGUACCUCCUCUGGAGUGCAGACCCCCUCCAGAGCAGCACCACUGGAUGACCCCAGAGCACAACACACCACGAUCCCCAAGGCCCCUGCCACACCACUCCAUCAUCCAAAACUCAAGUGCCUUCACUUUGCCUCCUUCGAGGAGGUCCCCAUCCCCCGGGGACCCAGGACGGGAUCAGGAGGUGCUGAGCCACGUCCUAAGAGACAUCGAGCUAUUCAUGGAAAAGCUGAAGGAGGACCAGUCAAACACCAGUCAUAAGAAGAAGAGACAGAGGAAGAAACAGAUAAAGCAUCAGGGGGGGAUAACAGAGGCACAUUACAUCGACUGCUUCCAGAAGAUCAAGUACAGCUUCAACCUCCUGGGAAACCUGGCCACGAUGCUGCAGGAUACAGGCGCCCCUGUGUUCAUACACCUCCUCUUCCAAACUCUGAACUCCAUCCUGGAGCAGUGCCCUGAGCCUGGCCUAGCAGUCCAAGUGAUCUCACCCCUCCUCACCACCAAGGCCGUUGAUCUGCUGCAGUCCUGUCUAAGCCCACCUGAGAGUAACCUCUGGAAGGGGCUGGGCAUAGCCUGGACCACCAGCCAGUCCAAAUGGACAGGCAGUGAGCCCCUGCCCUACCAACCCACAUUCUAUGACGGUUGGCAGCUUCCAGAACCUUCCUACGAGGAACCUUCAAGAUACCAAGACUCUACUUCCCUCCGCGGGGGAAGCCCUAGGUUAGGGAGCAACUCGCACUUUGCUCAAGAGGAGACACACAACCACGGACCCCACCCUGGGCCCUCCAGACCCGGACCUGUCAAGCCAGCCGUGAAAAUGCAAGUCCUAUAUGAGUUUGAAGCUAGGAACCAGCGGGAACUGACUGUGGUCCAGGGAGAGGUACUGGAGGUUCUGGACCAGAGUAAACGGUGGUGGCUGGUGAAGAAUGAAAUGGGACGGAGCGGCUACAUCCCCAGCAACAUCCUGGAGCCCCUGCAGUCGGGGUUCCCUGGAAGCCAGAGCAAGUCGUUCCCUCCGGCUCCAGGGCUUCGACUUAGCUCAAGGCCUGAGGAGGUCACAGCCUGGUUGCAGGCAGAGAACUUCUCCACUGUUGAAGACUCUCGGGUCCAUGACGGGGCGCCAGCUGCUUCACAUGAGACCUGGGGAGCUACAGAUGCUGUGUCCCCAGGAGGCCCCAAAGGUCCUGGCACGGCUGGAGGCUGUCAGAAGGAUGCUGGGGAUGAACCCUUAGGCAGCAACUCAAACACCUCCAAGACCAAGACUUUCUCACAAGCAAGAUGGCGGAUAUGAUAACUCUUUAGAGCCCCGAGAAUUCUUCUUUCAGGCCCCCAGGUUGCAGCGAACCCCACACCCCAGCUCACACAGCAAAGAAGAUGAGCAAGCCCAGAGGUUGAGACGAAUGGUGCCCCUUCUCGCUGUGUUGAGAGCUCUCCCCAGUUGCCACCUAUUUAUUGCAUCUCUUUCCUGAGCCUGGAGCACUUAAGCCUAGGUUUGUCAGGACUCUGUUUAGCCCCCCUCCUCCCCAAUAAAAGUAUCUUCAAGCUUGU